AUGCCCAACAUCUGCGUCCCAAAACACCAGCGGCUCAUCCGCAACUGCUACCCCAAGGGCAAAGCUCCAGAGAAGCACCCUAAUAGCAGCGAGCUGUCAUAUUUAUGCUAUUACGCGUCAACAAGACCGUCGAAGCUGCAGAAGGUCGGGAAAUAUCUGGAGAAGAAGGUCGCGAAGGACGUGUACUACAGACGGACGGGAGAUGUAAUCGUCUCCCUCGACAUCUGCCGCGCCCUAAUCCUCAAGUGCACAAACGACCUGAACCUCUUCGCAUCCUACAUCCUCUCAAUCCUCCACCCUGUCAUCACCUCCGGCGACCCAGGCCUCAUCGCGCAUUCACUCCCAUGCUUCACCACGUUCGUGACGCAUCUGGAUGCCAGUAUCGUUGCUAUGGAUCCAGAGUUUGCGAGGAAGGCGGAUGAGGUCGUGAAGUUGUAUACGGCGUGUGCGGUUAGGGGGGAGGGACCCACGAGGGUGGGCAGUGGGAGGCCGGGGACGAGUGGGAGUGGGAAUAUUUCGAGUGCGGCGCAGGCUGCGCAGUGGAGGGAGAUUGGAUUGACAGCCAUCAAGGGCGUGUGCGAGUCUUCUACGCUCUUCGCUGUCCGCACACAGUUUCUGUUGGCGCAGGUCGUGCCGGGCAUCCUAGCCAACCUGCCCGCUACUGCGGAAGACGACGAGGAGGGCGAACCCACAUAUCUCAGAAAGUUGAAUGAGCGGGUCAACAACCCACGGAGUCCCUCUACGAUUGCCCCGCCUACACUCGCUUCGGCAGCUCCCGUGACCCCGGGAGGACAACCACUGGCGCGACAUUCGAGUUCGUACUCCCAACGCAGAUCGAUGACGUUAGAGGACCCGAAUGAGCCGACUGCGACAUUGGCGUUACAGGCUUUACACACCAUUUUCGACCGCGCCUCCGCACCUCAAGUCCGUCUCGCAACUGACGCACUCCUUCAAACCCCUACAUACGGUCUCCUUUAUCAAACAGAUCGAAAUGGGCAGGGCACGGAGGAGUUGUUGGAUAUGUGUGCGCGGUGGACACCCGUCGAGAUUCGGUUCUUGAUUUUGAGUGAGUUGUUGGAGAUUCUUGUGCAGAAGAGGGAGAUGGCGCAUAAGGAACGGGUUGUGAAGCUCAUGGCGGCUCUGUUGGGGAGUGAGGUUAACUUGGUUGGGUUGGCUGUCUUGGAUGUGCUCACCACCCUGCUGGAGGAGAUCAUCGCACACGUCCGUUCACACCCGCAAGACACGAAGGGAAAGGAUCCGGUAUUGGCGGGGUAUGUCAGUUGUAUUGGUGGAUUGGCGAGACAUAUUUAUUACUCGGAACAGAUCGUGGAUAUGUGUGGUGCAAUCCUUCUGCGACUACAACCCACCAUCCCGGAGAUCGUGGUGGAUAGUCCUUUGGCGACGGGUAGUGAUAUCCCUGAGGCGCAUCUGGAGCAGUCGAAUAUCCAGUUACCGGGAUUACAAACGAUGAAAUAUGUUGGGCUAAAAUGCCUGAAGGAGAUUCUGGUUGCGGCGAAUAAGGCGAAGAUCGGGGUUGCUGUUGAGAGGAGGCGGGUAGGGUUGGGCGCUUGGAAGCGGAGUUUGGGGUUGAUUGGAGAUGAGAAGGGGGAAGUGAGGGUUGGGUAUGUGGAUGCGUUGUGGACGUGGCUGGAGGUUGAGUAUUCCCCUUCUCACUCUUCGACGGGUAUCGUUGUGGGCCCGGGGGCAGCGGCUGGGGUUGCGGAGUUUGUGGGUGCGGUACAUAGCGCGGCCUAUGCCCUGUUAACCCGAGAGCUAGGCGUGGAUGAGAGGGAUGUGGCGGCUGUGUAUGCGCUCAUGACGAAGCUUUUGGAGCGCUUCGGGGAUGCGGCUGCGAAGGAUGGGAUUAAUAUGGUGCUUGCGUUGCAGGAGGAACGAACCGUGACUGCGCCUGUGCACAGUUUGAUUGGGGGGUAUUUGGAGUACGCUGCGGCUAAACUCGGGCUGGAGGGGUUGAUGGGGUGGUUGCACACGGAGAUUAGGGAGAGGGAAGGAAGAGGAGAGUGGUGUGGUCUCAUUACCUCCACACCGGUUCCGCCUGCUGCGUUGUCAGGGACACCGAUGAGUCAGUCUGCGACGUUGGCGGUAGCGAAGCCGGUACCGUAUCAGCGGGACACUGUGGUAGCGUACUUGCCGGAGUGGUUACGGGACGCGAUGAACGUGCCAUGGGCUCCGAAGACCUAUGAGGACUCAUUCUCGAUUAGUGAGAGUGGGUCGAUUCGUUCGUUGAGCAGGAGUCGGGCGGGGAGCGUUACGCCAAGCGUAAGUGCGCAGCCACCUACCACCGGUCGCAGUGAGCAAGGAAGUCCGAGCAGAAGUGUCAAUGAGGCGAGGAGGGUCAAUGGCGCAGGGGGUGACAGGAAUAGUACGAGCUUGAAGGUGGACGAUUUGCGACGGUUGUUGUUGACGAAACCCGUUGAGAACGCUAAGCAGAACCGGAGAGUUGUGAGCCAGAAUUUCUUGGGUUUGGACGAGGAGAAGAGGGGGAGGGAAAGCGAAAUUCCGCGUCCGGCGACAGCGAAUGGGCUUGGGCUUGAGGAGAAGCCUUCUAUGACGAGGUUGACAAGCUAUGAUGUUGACAGGUUGUUGGAUGAUCUUGAUAUUGGAGACAAGGGAGGUGUUGUUGGGACCAAUGCUGGGGUGGUGAAGCCGCCGUAUGCAUAA